GCCGGCAUCUGAUUCCGGGUGAGCGCGGAGUUGCAAUGGCGGCCUGUGGGAGCGAGGCCAGGGUCGGGGAUGUGGAGGAGGACGCUUCUCAGCUGGUGUUCCCGAAAGAAUUUGAAAGCUCAGAGACCCUGUUAAACUCUGAGGUCCACAUGCUACUGGAGCACCGAAAGCAGCAGAAUGAAAGUGCAGAGGAUGAGCAGGAGCUCUCUGAAGUCUUCAUGAAAACAUUAAACUACACAGCCAGGUUCAGCCGCUUCAAAAACAGGGAAACCAUCGCCAGUGUCAGGAGUCUGCUAUUACAGAAGAAACUGCACAAGUUUGAGCUGGCUAGUCUGGCCAAUCUGUGUCCUGAGACGGCUGAGGAGGCCAAAGCCCUCAUUCCCAGCUUGGAAGGUCGAUUUGAGGAUGAGGAGCUCCAGCAAAUCCUUGAUGACAUUCAGACCAAAAGAAGCUUCCAGUAUUAGCUCCAAUAUCUGCAAAAGCCUGGCUCUGCCUGAUGCUAACCUACUGAACAAUGGUGCUGAUACUUGUCUCUGAUUG